AUGGCUUCGGCCCUUCAAACGGACAGCUUAAUCAUGAUGCGCAAUAUCUCGACUUCCAUUGCCUACAACCCUCAGCGACAGCCUCAAAGCUAUCAAGCCAUCGCCCGCCAUCGCAACUCUGUUCGGAACUUUGCAAAUUAUGCCUCUCUUCGCAGCAAGCCGCUCAACAAUGAUGAACUCCCCUCGUUUAGCUUCGAGGGCCCGGGUAUGAGCAGGAAUGUGAAGAUCUUCGUCAUUGCCGUUCUGAGCAUUUUCGGCACCAUCGAGACUUGGGUCUGGUGCAAGGGCAUCUAUCGCUGGUGGAAUGGGGCUCAAAAAGAGGAGAAAGAAGAUUGA